CAAAUGCAAUAUAAAAUCUGUUGAAUUCAAACUGCCUUGAAUUUGCAGUAAUUAAACAUGUGGUUUUGGUUCUGAGCAACAGUUUUUUUUCUUUCCGUGCGUGUUUGCGCACAGUGCGCUCUGGCGCCGCUGGAGCCCGCAAAGGGUUAAACGGGGUUAACAGCAAUCCUUUUAACAGGCAGGUGCCCCGCCAGUCCCAGCCCAAAGCUCACCACUGACUUUUCAAAAAGGUUCUUCCAACAUCUCAGGGGCAGCCCAUAAAUGUUACGGGUAACUUGGCGAGUCAUGUUAACGGUGAUGGCAUCAGCUCGGUAGUAGGCUAUAAAUAGAGCACCAUAGCUGCAGGAGUGGGAAAUCAAACUGGAUCAAUCAGCUGACACGCAUCGUCCCGACUCGCAGGCUCGCACACAUGUGAUGCGCUUUUGAGUUUGGUCGUCGUUUCACUUGUUUUCAUAUUCAGAGAAGUGGAGUUUGCUAACUGUUGGGUCAUAGAAAUCUCCAACUCAAAAAAAAAAAAGAAAAAAGAAAAACCCACUCAUCACUUGUGGAGUUGUGUUCCGCUGUGGAGAUGUGGUGGAUGCUGUUUCCACGGUGGAUCUGGUUCCUGGCGUGCGUUUCAGUGUGGAUGGAGCACCAGGUCGGAGUUUUGCCUCAUAUCACCUACUCUCACGCGGGGAUCUGUCCUAAUGACAUGAACCCCAACCUGUGGGUGGAUGCCAUGAGCACAUGCACACGAGAGUGUGAAUCUGAUAAGGAGUGUGAGUCCUUUGAGAAGUGCUGCCAAAAUGUGUGUGGGAAUCGGAGUUGUGUGGCAGCCCGUUAUGUGGAUGGCAAGAAAGCCCCCGUGGGAAUGCCCAAGGAAGCCACCUGCGCCAGUUUUAUGUGCACCCAGCAGGGUUCUGAGUGCGACAUCUGGGACGGGCAGCCGGUGUGUAAGUGCCGGGACCGCUGUGAGAGGGAGCCCCACUUCACCUGUGCCUCUGACGGCAUGACCUACUACAACAAGUGCUACAUGGAUGCAGAGGCGUGUUCCAAAGGGAUCACCCUGUCUGUUGUUACUUGCCGCUUCCACCUCACCUGGCCCAACACCAGCCCCUCGCUGCCCCAGGCGACCACUCUUCGUCCUACCACCCCUCCACUUCAGCCAACUAUCCCACCUCCCACCGAGCCUCAGCCGCCCAUUGCUGUCAGCAGUCCCACUCACCAGACCGUUAAUGUGGGUGAUACAGCCAGCUUCCUGUGUGACGUGGCAGGUCGUCCCCGGCCUGAGAUCACUUGGGAGAAGCAGCUACCAGAGGGCAUAGAGAGGGUAGUCAUGAGGGCUAAUCACGUGCGAGGAAAUAUGGUGGUCACUAACAUUGGUCAGCUGGUCAUCUACAACGCCCAGUCGCAUGAUUCAGGCAUCUACACCUGCAUGGCUCAGAACCCGUCCGGCUCAGUUCAGGUCAGCCACCCGCUCACUGUAUUGCCCCUAGAGCCACACAAGACCCCCGAACCCAAGAACGUGACUCGUUGCCUGCCUGAAGAGUGUUUGAAACCCCCUGACAACCCAGAAGAUUGUGGGAGCGACCUGGAGAAAGUCAGCUGGUACUACGAGCCCAAGAACAACAACUGCUUCUCCUUCACCCACUGCCACAGCAACAGCAACAGCCAACAGCCCAGGAAGGUGUUUGACACAUACGAGGAGUGUAUGGAGUGCUGUGGUCCAGAGCUCUCAGGCCCCUGCGGACUCCCCAGCCUGCAGGGCCCCUGUAAGGCCUAUGAGCCACGCUGGGCUUACAGCAGCACCCUGCGACAGUGUCAGUCCUUCAUUUACGGAGGAUGUGAAGGUAACAACAACAACUUUGAAUCUAAAGAAGCAUGCGAGGAGACAUGCCCCUACCCAAAAAACCACCACUGCAAGGCCUGCAAGCCGAGAGGCAAGAUGGUGACGAGCUUCUGCCGGAGCGACUUUGUCAUUCUGGGUCGUAUGACGGAGCUCACAGUGGAGAAGGACUCGGGCCAUGCCCUUGUGACUGUCGAAGAGAUCCUCAAGGACGACAAGAUGGGUUUACGCUUCUUUGGCAAGGAGCCUCUCGAGGUCACCUUCCUCAACAUGGACUGGAACUGCCCGUGCCCGAACAUCACGGGCGCCGCCUCUGAGGGACAGGUCAUCAUUAUGGGAAAUGCGCAUGAGGGCAUGGCCAUCCUUCAGCCGGAGAGCUACGUGGGUGCUUCCAGCCCUCGCCGAGUACGGAAGCUGAGAGAGGUCAUCUCAAAGAACACGUGUGACAUUCUCAAAGCUAUCACCAACAGCCCUCAGUAGUGUGCGGGAUGUAAUCUGCACAUAAAGUUUAGAGUUAGAAAACACGAUUUGACUGCAACACAGGCUGUUAUCUUUUGAACAUUAACUGUAGUAAUGUUUUGAAUUUUAAGGUCAUUCUUGCUACAUUUAAUGGUUUUCUGUCUGAUUUUGAAAGUUUUCAUGAGUUGCUGGUGAGGAACUCAUGUGUCAUGUGACAUUUUCUGUGUCUUUUUGUGUGGUAUUUGGUGUGGUGGUGGAGCUUUAAUAUUAUGAUGCGGUCAUUGGUGUUGUUGAUUGAAAUACCAUGAGACAUCCAUCAUGAUCCUCUUGUUACCUUAAUCCCCCAGACUCUGUCUUCCGUCAUGUUCUCUCUUGCCUCCAGCUGAAAUGGAGGUUGCAGACUUGCACUGAAGCACAAAACAGACAGUUUUUAUGUACAUAAUUUAACUGUCACAAAUCUUUUGAUUCUUUUAUUUGCCAGCCAUAUUUCCAUGUGCCACUUUUGAUUUCUGAACACAAUCUUACUUCGUAAAUUUAGCCCAUUCUUCUCAGUUUUCAUGUUGUAUGAAUACACCUUUGCAGGGUAUUGCACAUACAGUACAGCAGGAUAGAUUUGGUUCAUUCAAACAAAUAAGAUGUAAUAUAUUUUAUUUACCAAUACACUUUGUCACAAUCAGUCAUUUAUUUUUUAUCUACUUGCUUUUACUUUUUUUUUGGAUAUUUAUUAUCAUGUAAGCUUUACUGUUUUUGUACUUUCACAUUCUCUCUUGAAUUCUGUGGCAUUUUGUAUGAUUUUGUGUAAUGUGCCAAAAAAUAAAGAUUUUGGAUUUUUCUUUAGCCUCC